AUGACCUCGCCUCUUUGUAAUUCGUCUUGCACUGGUGACACCUUAUUCGAUCCUUCCAAAUCUUCCUCCUUUUUCUACAAUGGAACAACAUGGGAGAUGACUUAUGAGGGAGACGCAGGUGUUAGUGGAAUAUUUGCAAAGGAAAUUGUCAAUAUCGGUGGAAUACACGUGAUAAAUCAAACAAUUGGACCCUUGGAAUACGAAAUCGAAGGCAUUAAAUUCGGUAUACCACUUGAAGAUAUUGUUGGAGAUCCAAUUGAGGGAGACGAAGAGAACUGCAUGAGUUCAAUUGGUGGAAAUACCGAUUCUGAUUUGGCUUGGAUUAUAGGCAUUUUUUUAUAA